AUGUCUUCAACAUCAGAAGAUCGACUGACAGCACAAACUCUUUCCUGCAUCACCUGUGGAAAGACAUUCAGCUCACAGAGACAUUUAGAGAGACAUGAGAGAAAACACACAGAACAGAAACUCAGCUUUACUACCUUACAAGAGAAGAAACUUCAUCAUUCAAAAGAGCACGAAGAGAAGCAGCAGUUUCACUGUGAGCAGUGUGGGAUGAAUUUUGUCUUCUUAUCUCAGCUGGAAGAUCACAUGAGGACACACAGUGGUGAAAAGCCUUUCUGCUGCACUGAAUGUGGCAAAUAUCUCCACAGCAAAGGAAGUCUUGUUAUUCACCAGAGAAUUCACACAGGAGAAAAACCAUACGAGUGUCCUCACUGUGAGAUGAGAUUCAAACAUAAAAGCUCCCUGAAGACACACGUGCGUUCACACACCAAUGAGAGACCGUAUCAGUGCAGUGAAUGCGACAAAGCCUUUAGGGAUUUAGGUACAUUAAACAGACACCAGAAUAUUCACUUUAAAGAUAAAUUCUAUCAAUGUUCACACUGUGAUAAAGGUUUCUGUCAGAAAUCUAAUCUUAUAUGUCACGAGAGAAUUCACACUGGAGAAAAACCUUACAAAUGCUCUCAGUGUGACAAGACGUUUACUCGGUCAAGUACCUUAAAAAUUCAUGAGAGACUUCACACUGGAGAGAAACCUUAUAACUGUAGUGUUUGUGGGAAGAGUUUCAUUCAACGUGACGGUUUACUAAAGCACCAGAGAAUUCACUCUGGAGAAAAACCUUAUAAAUGUUCCCAGUGUGACGAGACGUUUACUCAAUCAGGUGCCUUAAAAGCCCAUGAGAGAAUUCACACUGGAGAGAAACCUUAA